AACUUCCAGAAGGGCCGCGCGCGGGCUAGCGAGCGGGGGCCGCCCACAGCUGUGGCGCAGCAGGAAUUGCCGCCCUCCCGCCGCACCGCGGGCGGGGUGAUGCCCCUGUUUAUUUUUACCCGGGCGGCUCAUCCUCUCCGGCUGCCCGAGCGCGGCCGCUCCCCGCCCUGGCCCCGCCUAUAAAAGGCCGCCCGCGGGGGGCUGAGGAUGCAGCUUUACAGCUCCGUGAUCACCCACUACCCGGCAGCGGGGGCGGCGGCGGCGGCGGCAGCAGCAGGCGGGGCGGGCGUUUUCAAAGUCUCCCUGCCGGCGGGGCCCCCCUCUCCGGACGCAGCGAGCGCCGCGGGCCAGAGCCCGGCCGCCGAGAGCCCCGCUAAGGAGAGUCUGGUGCCCGGAGGCAGCGGUGCCGCCAUGACUGCCUUCUCCUCCUGCCUGGAGCUCAUGCCCGGCGGGCCCGCGGCGGGCCCGGGCGGCAGGCAGGCGGCGGCCCCGCAGUACAGCUCCAGCGCGCAGAUCACCGUGAGCCGCAGGAGGCCGCUGGAGAGGAUCGUGCCCAUCCGCAUCGUGCAGCGCCCCGAGCACCCCGUUGAGCUGGCCCCGGCCUCUCCGCAGAGCCGAGCCUGGCUCGAGGGCAUCCUGGAGAGCAUGAGACAGGCCGGCGGGGACGCGGAGGCCGCCGCAGCCCCGCACCGCCCGGAGGAGCCCAGCAACCACAGCCUCCGCCUCAGCGAGCACUGCCAGGCUCUGCAGGCGGCGGCCAGCGCCCAGCCCGACCCGGCCGCCACCUGCGGCGAGGAGAGCGGCGGCCAGGCCCUGCCCCUGCCCUGCUCCCCGCUAGCGGAGGAGGAGGGCCCCAGCCCGAGGAGGGGGCCGGAGCGGAAUGAGAAGCUGGCUCUGUACCUGGCCGAGGUGGAGAAGCAGGACAAAUACCUGCGGCACAAGGGCCGGUUCCGCUUCCACAUCAUCCCCGAUGGAAACUGCCUGUACCGCGCCAUCUGCAAGGCCGUAUACGGGGACCAGCGGCUGCACAGCGAGCUCCGCGAGCAGACUGUGCACUACAUCGCCGACCACCUGCACCAUUUCAGCCCCAUCAUCGAGGGCGAUGUGGGCGAGUUUCUCAUCGGCGCCGCCCAGGACGGCGCUUGGGCUGGCUACCCUGAGCUCCUGGCCAUGGGGCAGAUGCUGAAUGUAAACAUUCAUCUCACCACGGGCGGCAGGCCAGAGAGCCCCACCGUCUCCACUAUGGCCCACUACCUGGGCCCUGAGGACCCGGCCCGGCCUAGCAUCUGGCUGAGCUGGCUCAGCAAUGGGCACUACGACGCUGUGCUGGACUGUGUGUCCCCCAACCCGGAGUACGAGGCCUGGUGCAGGCAGACUCAGGUGCAGCGGAGGCGGGACGAGGAGCUUGCCAAAUCCAUGGCCAUGUCACUGUCUAAGAUGUACAUCGAGCAGAACACCUGCUCCUGAGACUUCCUAGUCUAGAAGCUCAGAGCCCUACUCCAGGUCAAGAGAGACAGUUUGCACCGGCCAUGGUGGUGAUGCCUUAAUCCUUCAUAAAGCAGCGGUGCCCUAGACUGAGGAGCCUCCAUACAAUAUUAAACUGUGGGGGAUGACAAAUCCAAACUUGUAUUUGUAAUAUUCUCUUGUAUAAAGCUAGCCCUGGAUUAUUUGGAAGCGGAUUCUCCAUGUAUGUGGUGUUUGUUUGUUUGGUCCCCCCUCCACCCCCCGUUCUCUAUUUUCUAGAAGAAUGUAUUUUUUGCACAUUAUUUUUUUUUAAACUGUUACCUCCAUCUCCUACAUCUCAUGUUGGCCUCUGGCUUUCAGCUGUGCAGCCAAAAAAGUUUGUAAGAGGUUUAUUUUGUAAAUAUGGUUUAUGAUAUACCAGGGGGGGCUGG